AUGAAGCUCAAAGAAACCCUUAAAAAUUUAAAAAUUGGAGCUUUUAAAAACUUGUUUGCGUUUCGAAACCUUAUAAAUGAACCAGAAGAUUGCACCAAAAACAAAUUUUUAUUUUUAAUUUCAAAAAUUUGUUCGUCAACCCGAAAGUCUCACUUUGGCUUGAACGCCUUUCGUAUAAAUGAUGCAUCAAGAAUUGCAUCUGGACACAUUUCAAUCGAAAAAGUGACUACUCAGUCAGAGAGAAAUUUAACAGUUAUCCCAGUAACUGCAUAUUUCGUUGUCAUGGUGCCAUCGAAUGAUGAUUGUGGGUGGAAGUUGAAAGCUUCAGCACAAAUCUUCCUUUCAAUUUCUGGUGUUGUUGAUGAUGAUGCUACAACCUAUCCUUUAAAAGGGAAGCUGGCCCCUUCAAUUCGUUCUUCUAUGCGCAGCAAAGCAGCACCUCAAUGGCUGGAUUAUCUAAAAAUCUUCCAAACACAAGCAGGCUUUCAUUCUGUAUACGCUUUUUAUAAAAUUAUUAAUAUUUAA